AUGGCAGAAGAGGAGGAUAGUCGCACAUCAACUCCGCGGUCCUUCGCGGGACAAACCGUUUCCGCGGAGGAGAUGCUCAAGGAGCAAACUGUCGGUCUCGUUCAUCUUUCCGACUUUCGCAAGCGUCGCGCGGAGGUACUUGAGCAAAAAGAGCGCGAAGCGCAUGACAAGUCGCUGGGUCGACUGGCAUCUGGUAAUUCAAGAAGCGCAACCCCCUCCACAGGUGAAGUGACUGACGGGUCUACGCCCCCUCGGAGUGACGGCCCCCCUAAAAAGAAGAAAAAGAAGCCAUUCGCUAAGAGCAAGCUCUCCUUCGGCGACGAUCAGGACGAGACUGGAGAAGAAUCCGCCACAACGCCCCGCGAUUCGAGUGUAUCACGCUCCGGUUCAAAAACCCCGGCCGAGGAUGGCGCAGUUCGACGCAUGAAAGCAAACCCGAACGCCCCUCCUCCUCCCAAGGCCUUGACAAAGGCAUCUAUCGAGGCAGAGGCGCACGCUCGUGACACGCUUCGCAAAGAAUUCUUGGUUAUGCAGGAAGCCGUGAAGAAUACAGAGAUCCUGAUUCCAUUUGUGUUCUAUGACGGAACCAGUAUCCCUGCUGGAUCAGUGAAAGUCAAAAAGGGCGACCAUGUCUGGCUCUUUUUGGAUCGGUGUCGCAAGGUUGGCGCGGAGAUGGGCGUUCGCGGUGGCAACAACGCAUCGCAGGCCAAAAAGGAUACCCGGAGGGAGUGGGCGCGUGUCAGUGUCGAUGACCUGAUGCUUGUUAAAGGCGACGUUAUUGUCCCACAUCAUUACGAAUUCUACCAUUUUAUCGCCAACAAAGUUCCCAGCUUCUCCCGCGCUGGGGGUCUGUUGUUUGACUAUUCCAACCAGCCUCCCCUAGAGCCUGCUUUGGGUGGUAUUCAAUCGACCAAUGAUGAUCAGCUAGAGGGCGCAGACAAAGAAUUUUCAGAAACCAAAGUGGUAGAUCGACGGUGGUUCGAGAAGAACAAGCACAUAUACCCCGCCAGUCUAUGGCACGAGUAUGAACCUGGCAAGGAGUUUGAAGAGAAGAUGACUUCCACGCGACGUGAUGCACAGGGGAAUACAUUCUUUUUUUAG